AUGUCUUAUGAUUCCUUUGGUGACCGUGUCACAAUUAUCGUUUUUGGUGCUUCUGGUGAUUUAGCUAGAAAGAAGACCUUCCCUGCCUUGUUUGGUUUGUUCAGAGAAAAACAAUUGCCUUCAACUGUUCAAAUCAUUGGUUAUGCUAGAUCUCAUUUGUCUGAUAAGGACUUUAAAGACAGAAUUUCCUCCCAUUUCAAAGGUGGUGAUGACAAAACUAAAGAAGAUUUCUUGAACUUGUGUUCUUAUAUCAGUGAUCCAUAUGAUACCGAUGAAGGUUACAAGAAAUUGGAAGCUCGUUGUCAAGAAUAUGAAAGCAAACACAAUGUUAAAGUUCCAGAAAGAUUAUUCUACUUGGCCUUGCCUCCAUCUGUUUUCCACACUGUUUGUGAACAAGUUAAAAAGAAUGUCUAUCCAAAAGAUGGUAAACUCAGAAUCAUUAUUGAAAAACCAUUUGGCCGUGAUUUGGAAACUUACCGUGAAUUGCAAAAACAAAUCUCCCCAUUGUUCACUGAAGAUGAAGUUUACAGAAUUGACCACUACUUGGGUAAAGAAAUGGUUAAGAACUUGUUGGUUUUAAGAUUUGGUAAUGAAUUGUUCAGUGGGAUCUGGAACAACAAACAUAUUACUUCUGUGCAAAUCUCUUUUAAAGAAGCUUUUGGUACUGAAGGUAGAGGUGGUUAUUUCGAUAACAUUGGUAUCAUUAGAGAUGUUAUGCAAAACCAUUUAUUACAGGUCUUGACCUUGUUGACCAUGGAAAGACCAGUUUCUUUUGAUCCAGAAGCUGUCAGAGAUGAAAAAGUCAAAGUUUUGAAAGCUUUUGACAAAAUUGAUGUCAAUGAUGUUCUUUUGGGUCAAUAUGGUAAAUCCGAAGAUGGUACUAAACCAGGUUACUUGGAUGAUUCUACUGUUAAACCAAACUCCAAAGCUGUCACUUAUGCUGCUUUCAGAGUUAAUAUUCACAAUGAAAGAUGGGAUGGUGUUCCAAUUGUUUUGAGAGCCGGUAAAGCUUUAGAUGAAGGUAAAGUUGAAAUUAGAAUUCAAUUCAAGCCAGUUGCUAAAGGUAUGUUUAAAGAAAUCCAAAGAAAUGAAUUGGUUAUCAGAAUUCAACCAAAUGAAGCUAUUUACUUGAAAAUCAACUCAAAGAUUCCAGGUAUUUCUACUGAAACUUCAUUGACUGAUUUAGAUUUGACUUAUUCCACACGUUACUCCAAAGAUUUCUGGAUUCCAGAGGCUUAUGAAGCUUUAAUUAGAGAUUGUUAUUUGGGUAAUCAUUCCAAUUUCGUUAGAGAUGAUGAAUUGGAAGUUUCUUGGAAACUUUUCACUCCAUUGUUGGAAGCUGUUGAAAAAGAAGAAAAUGUUAAAUUGGAAUCUUAUCCAUAUGGUUCUAAAGGUCCUAAAGAAUUGAGAAAGUAUUUGAUUGAUCAUGGUUAUGUUUUCAAUGAUCCAGGUACUUAUCAAUGGCCAUUGACCAAUACCGAUGUUAAAGGUAAGAUCUAA